AUGGCAUCCCGCAAAAUGAUGUUUGUGGCAAUGUUGCUCUGCCUCUCCAUGCGGGCUCUAGCGGAGGAUCCCUACCUCUUCUUCGAGUGGAACGUCACGUACGGGAACAUCUCCCCCCUCGGCAUCCCCCAGCAGGGUAUCCUCAUCAACGGCCAGUUCCCUGGCCCUAAGAUCAACUGCACCUCCAACAACAACAUUGUCGUCAACUGCAUGUCCGUCCUCAUCACGGCCGACCAGUCCCCCAAGGACUACUAUUUUGUCGCCUCCGGCCGGUUCCUCAAGAGACCGCUCGUCUCCGUGAGCGUCGUCCGCUACGCCAACGGCAAGGGCGUCCCCGCCUCCCCCGCACUUCCCCCGCCGCCGCCCGAGGGCACUCCCGGCAUCGCCUGGUCCGUCAACCAGUUCCGGUCCUUCAGGUGGAACCUGACUGCCAGCGCCGCGCGCCCCAACCCCCAGGGCUCGUACCAUUACGGAAAGAUCAACAUCACCCGCACCAUCAAGAUCGCCAACUCCCGCGCACAGGUCGAUGGAAAGCUCCGUUUCGCCAUCAACGGUGUGUCCCACGUCGACAGCGAGACACCUCUCAAGCUAGUCGAGUACUUCGGGCUGGCCAACAAGGUCUUCUCGUACAACCUGGUGAAGGACGAGGCCCCCGCGGUGGAGAACGGUCGGGUGGUCGUUGCCCCCAGCGUGAUGAACGCUACCUUCCGGAACUUUGUCGAGAUUGUUUUCGAGAACAGAGAGAACACAAUCCAAACAUGGCAUUUGGACGGGUACUCGUUCUUCGCGGUGGCUAUUGAGCCGGGUAGGUGGAGCCCGGAGAAGAGGAAGAACUACAACUUGUCGUACCUGGGGCAACAGAUGUACGUGAGCGUGUUGUCGCCCAACCUGUCGUUGAGGGAUGAGUACAACCUGCCCCCAACCCAGCAGCUCUGCGGCAUUGUCAAGGGCUUGCCUGACCCGGCUCCAUACGUGUAA